GUAAAUCUUAAAUGCAUAUUUCUAAGUGAAGGAAGCCAGUCUGAUAGACUGUUUAAUUAUAAUUAUGUGUCAUUCUGAAAAAGGCAAAACUAUAGAGACAGUAAAAAACAUUGGUAGUUGCCAGCAAUGUGCAGUGAGAGAGGGAUGCAUUAGUGGACAGCAGGGGAUAGUAAAAUUCUUCUGUGUGAUGGGAUAAUGGUGGAUAAUGAUAUUAUGCAUUUGAUCAAUUUCAUAGAACUGUAAAAAACAAAAAGUAAACCCUAAGGUAAACGAUGAACAUCAGUGAAUAAUAAUGUAUCAAUAUUGGCUCAUUGCUGGUAAAAAAUAUUAAUAAGAAGGAAACCCUUCUGCAGCCAAUUUAGCCGACUGGGUUCCCCUCCUCAUGAGGGCCCAGUAUGCAAUGGCUGCAAACAGCAGCUUCCUUGGUAGCAUAAUGCAGCCUGUUUCUUGUAUGGGUUGCACUAAGGGACCUUGGAGACAAGACUUUCAGAUGUUUGUUCAUGUCUCUGACCUUGCACUACCCCCAUGUAGGCUCCAAACAGGCAUGCGAGGUGCCUUUGGAAAGCCCCAGGGCACAGUGGCCGGGGUUCACACUGGCCGAGUGAUCAUGUCCAUCCGCACCAAGCUGCAGAACAAGGAGCAUGUGAUGGAGGCCCUGCACAGGGCCAAGUUCAAGUUCCUUGGCCACCAGAAGAUACACAUCUCAAAGAAGUGGGGCUUCACCAAGUUCAAUGAUGAUGAAUUUGAAGACAUGGCGACUGAGAAGCGGCUCAUCCCAGAUAGCUGCAGGGUCAAGUACAUCCCCAAUCAUGGCCCUCUGGACAAGUGGCAGGCUCUGCACUCAUGAGGGCUUCCACUAUGCUGCCCCCUCUUAAUACUAACCGAUAAAUUCUACUUCCUGUCCAUCUAAAAAA